AUGUUUUCCAAGUCCGUUACCGCCGGCCUGGUCCUCUUGGCCUCUAUCGCCUCCGGACAGGAGCCGAAGUACAAGAACAUGGGCCCUGCUGCCUUUAUGUGGCCUCCCGAUCGGGUCUGGUCCGGGGAUACUGAUAACACCGCCCCAUGUGGUUCUGUUGCCUCUCCCAACAAUAGCAACAGAACUGACUUCCCUCUGGACAAGGGCCAAGUUGCUCUCGUUGCCCAGGAUGAGUCUUACGACAUCCAGCUCAGCGUCGCUUACAUGGCCGACCCCAAGUCGAACAGUGACUUCAAAGUAAUAACAACCCCCGAGCAGUUCCGUGAGAUGGAUCUUGGCCACACCUGCGUUCCAGUCGGCGACAUUCCCGAUUAUGUCAAGAGCGGUGACUACGCCACUUUCCAGAUCAAGUACAUUGCCGACUUUGAUAAGCCUGAGAACCAGACAUUCUAUGCUUGCACAGAUGUCAAGUUCGUUGAGGAGAAGGCCUUCACAAUUUCCAUCCCUUGCUUCAACGCCACCGAACCCGAUGCUGAUGAUGAGGCUGGGCCUGGUUUCGACUACCACUCUUCCGUUUCCGUCACCUCUGCAGCUCCUACCAGCACAGCUACUGGAAGCUCAAACAGCGGAUCUGAUUCAUCCAAGGAUGGUAGUUCGUCCAGCGGUGGCGGUGGUCUCUCCAAGGGUGCCAUUGCUGGCAUCGUUGUUGGAUCCGUCGCUGGUGUUGCCAUCAUCGCUCUCGCCGCAAUCUUCCUCUACCGCCGCAGACUCCAGAAGAACAGAGUCGUCCGACAACAGAAGUUUGAGCAGGGCGUUGAAGGUGCAGUGGGCAAGGACUCUACCUCUAACAACAGUGUUCGCAUGAACAACCUCUAG